AACCAGGUUCUGAUGAUGUUUGGUGGGAAACUUGAUGAGAAGAUUCUGUUUUCCUCUCAAGCCCCUUUGGCUUCAGUCUGUGGACAUGUGUGUUCCGGAAAUAACUCCACCAGGAGGAGGAGGGGAGGAGGUCUGGACCUCUUUCUGACGGUCCGAACCGCAGCUGAAAACUUUUCAAAAGUUCAGAGGAAGAGUCCGCCUGUGAAACCUGAGCUGCUGCUCCUCCUGCUGCUGCUGGAGUCUAAGUGGAACCAGAUGGUGAAGCCUGUUUUCUCCAGCCUCCAGCCUCCUCAUUCUCACACCAAGCGCUCCUGUUUGCGGGAUGGAGAUGAAGAGGAGCGCGGUGAAGUGAAGCCGCUCCUCAUGCGGCGCCUCCUCAGGAUGCUGCUCCGGCGGCGCGCGUGCGCGGGUCCGCUGCUGCUGCUGCUCGCGCUGCUCUGCUUCUGCUACCAGACGCUGAUGGUGGACCGGAACCAGAACCGGAGCGAGGCGGAGGAGGUUCCGACGGAGACCAGGAGGCUGGUCUCCGCUCUGGAGGCUCUGCAGGAGGAGACGCAGGCCUGGUUCCACUCUCAGAGACGCCUGCACCGCCAGCACCAGGCUGUGGUUCUGACGGGUCGACAUCAGCUCUCUGAUACAGAGGUGGUUCUGCACCAGCGGGUCUUACAGGAGUUGGGAUAUGAAGUCCAUGUGUCCCGGUUUGCAGAGACCAGCAGCUUCCUGAGGGCGCAGCAGGGUGCGGGUGGGUGGAGCCUCCUGCUGUGCCUCAGUACUUCAGAGCGGAGCUGUUUGAGGAGAAUCAGCUUCUCACACCUGCAGCAGCAUCAGAUGGUAAACCUGCUUCCUGAGCUGAUGGAGGCAUUUUCAGACGUAGGUGGAGGUCUUUGUCACUUUUACCAACAGCUGGCAGAACCUGUCCUUGGCAUGAAGCCUCACUCCUGUGGAUCAUCCAAUCAGAAGCCUGACUUUCCUCAGGACAGUCGCUCUCCUGACCGAACCCAGUCUCCUGCUCUGGUUGCCAUGGUAAAUGUCUUUGUCUUGGUGACCUCUGUGACCCCUCUGACUGCCUUUAUGCAUGACAUCAGCGUAGUGUGGGCCAAUCAGAGUGCUCCUGGACAACAGAUGAAGAUCAGAACUUUCCUGCUGCAGCAGCUGGGAGCUUCCACCUCACAGCUGGCCUGGGUUCAGAUCCAAAGGGUGGUCGGCUCGGUGCUGCAGGCGGCAUCGACCAAUCAGGAGCAGCAACCAGGUGGCAGAUGCUUGUUGUGUUUCCAGUUGCUCACCUUUAUGCUGAUGUUCAGUGGUUCCAUCACACCUGUUGUGGUCCAGGUGGACACAAAGGUGACAUCUCUUAGUGAAGACAUGUUCAGCAGACAGAUCACCACAGACCUGGUCCUGGAAGACAGCCUGCAGUUCCUGCUGCCUCUGCCCACUCGCCUGUCCCCAGAGACUCACCUGUCCCCAGAGACUCGCCUGUCCCCAGAAACUCACCUGUCCCCAGAGACUCGCCUGUCCCCAGAGACUCACCUGUCCCCAGAGACUCACCUUUCCCCAGAGACUCACCUGUCUUUAGAAGCCCUGAGGCAGCAGUACGGUGGCUGCAGAGGGACAAACGGAGCCUGUUUAUCCCAGGAUGAGCUUCUCCUUCUGCUCCGGUUCCACCAGCAGCUGAAGAUGCCCUCAGCCUUUCAUCUGCUUCACCCCAACUCCUCCUCCUCCUCAGCUUCGCGGCUUCUCUCUGACCUCCUCAGGAUCAGCCGUCACCACCAGCUGCAGAAGAGCAGGGAGAUGAACAAACCGACCAAUCAGCUGUCAGCAACGCCGGAGCACGAAGGUUCCUGCUCUGACCCCCACCUCAGACAGAUCUACACCGACCCCCCACUCAUUCUGACUCCGCUCUUCAGCCCCACCCUGAAAGAAUACCGAGCCGAGGUACCAUUCGACACAGUGACAGUGCGGAUCCGACCAGAACUGGUCAGUGCCGGCUGUGUGAUUCACUUGGACAACCAUCGAGGUCCCAGGAUGGCAAACUUCCCGGUCGGUCUUGGUGCCAGCCGGAUCAGCAUCCUGGUAACCGAUGCGUCAGAGCCUCACCCCGUCGUCAUGACGAUCUACACGGUGCAUGUGUACCGCGACAGCCGGCCCAGUCUGCCCAUGUUCGGGGAUCAUGUGUUGUGCAGCUUCCUGCAGGACUGUGGUCUGCAGGUCCAGCCAAGACUCUCCUGCGGUCUCCGACCUCAUGUCUCUUCUCAGAGUCCGGUCCAGCCCUGCAGCUCAGGACAUGUCCCAGGUCGGUGGGUUGUUCCGUGUCUCAGCUGCUCCGACAACAGAACAUGUGAUUGGAGAGAGGUUACCUGGCAACCGGACGGCUGUUAUCACCCGCUGGUGGAGCGCCCCCUGCUGCAGGACUGCAUGAUGGACAGGAAGCUGCUGUUCGUCGGGGACUCCACCAAUCGAGGCAUGAUGUACUUCCUGAUGGAGCGGGUCAACUCCAGCCUAGAUGACUGGGGAAAAGCUCACGAUACGCUCCUCUAUCAGAACCUCAACCAAGGGCGGACUCAGGUCAGCUACUCCUAUUAUCCUCAGUUCUGGCUGGAGAAGAACCUGAGGCCAACUUUCAGGGAGGCGUUGGUGCAGCUCCUGAACAGGUCCCGACCAUUAGAAAACUCCAACCAGACAGUGCUUGUGCUGGGAGGAGUCCAGUGGCUCAACACCAACCACCUGAAGAUGGUCCAGGAGGUGCUUGACAGGGAGUCUCUCAGUGAGAUCCUGGUGGUGGUGAAGUCGUUGGGGAUGGGCUUCCACCUUCCUGUGGACGGCAUCAGGUCCCUGAGUCUGGCGGAGAUACAAAACCUGUUCAAUGAGAACCGAGACAUCAUCUCCACAGCAAAACAUCUAGGAUACGAGGUGAUCGACACCUUCAGCAUCACCAUGGGGCGAUACAAAGAGUUCCUUCAGGGACGCUGCGCCUGCCACUUCCACGAGGUUGAGAAGAUCCAGUCCUCCAAACCCAGAGACAACUUGGAAUCCACCAGAAAAAUGACCAGAACCAUCCGAGCUGGACCUGAACCCGACAGCCAAUCAGCUGUGCUGGACGUGGAGCAGGAAGUGGGAUCAACCUAUCACGUUAGGGGAGAAAUAAACCAGGUGUAUUCCGAGAUCCUGCUGAGCCGCCUGUGUCCCAGAUCCAAAGAGACUCAGCCUUCUCCUCUGGGUCCGUAGAGUUCUGCCAAGUCAUUGUUCAGUUCUCUGACCUUCCCAGGAAGAGACAUGGAAGAGAUGACAAUCUGGAAAAGGCUUUGGUUUGAUUGGGAAGAUCUGAUCCUAGAAACUGAUUUUUAUAAAAAUCUGAGCAAAUCCAAAUAUUCCAAGAUCCUCAGAAGAUCUAAAACUGACUUAUGGGAAGUUUCAUAUUCCCAAAAGUUUCCCUUAUUUCCUAAAUGGCUUAACGUUUCCUAUCAGGACUUUCCCCAAGAAAGUUCUUGGAGAUUCCAGCAUGAACAUUCCUGUUUUCCAAUGAGAAACUUUUAUUGUUCCUUAAAGGUUUUCUUCUGUCAAAGUUUUCUCCAAAAAGCUGCUCCAGUUUUCAGACACCUGCAGAAAAUUCCUAAACCUUCUCACUGUUCCCAUCAACCCCAAGAUGUUUUCCUUCAAAAGCAAAAUUCACACAAAAGCGAUAUUUGUUGUUCCAGCAUCGGAACCAAUCGGAAAGGUUCUUUAUUCCCUAAAUGUUCGCAGUAAGCAUUUCAAGAUCCUUUUUUCUCCGCCUCCACAUCCAAGUUUAGAUUCCCUGUUUCCUGGAGACAGUUUUUCCAUCCAGCAGAAAUCUGUGUGAUGGUUCUGCCACCGGUCCCAUGCCAACUGAGAGGAACAUCUCAGACGGCCGGGUUCAAACAUUUAAUUCACAACAGAACCGGGAGGAAAGAUCUCCGGGUUUGGAUCAAAUCGGUUUCAGAAUCUGUUAAUAUAAUCACUUUGGUAUUGUGAGGUUGUAAUCCAGACAGGGAAGAUCAUAAACUCCAGUUUACAGAGAUCCAGAACCGAACGGAUUUCCAGAAUUCAGAGAUUUUUUACAUACAUUUAUAUCUGAAAAAAAUUCCUGCCUAUCUUUGAUUUCUGUUGUCCAUUUAAAUCCGUCCAGAACUCGACCAGAACCUCACUGCUUACUGAGAACCAGCUACUGUUUACUGGGUCUAACUACUUUCCAACAGAACUCAGUGAUGACGGUUUUGAUGGCCUGGUUCUGCAUCAGAACUCCCUCUGGUUCAGUCCACCUCUGGUUUCCAGCCCCCAUCAUGCUCUCUGAUUUCAUGAGGCGCCAUCAGAGAUUUCAAAGACUGGAACCGGUGGUCCAAUUCCAGCCAGCUCCUGAGGAUUCCUGAAGUGACAAUUUUCAUGGUUUCAUAUUUAACCAGGGAGGUCUGGAUGGAUCAGAUGUAUGAUGGUUUUGAUAUUUGGUUGUCUGAUGGUUCUGAUUGUGAAUGGGUCGGUUGUCUGGUGGUCCUGAUUGAGGAUGGGUCGGUUGUCUGGUGGUUCUGAUUGUGAAUGGGUCGGUUGUCUGGUGGUUCUGAUUGUGGAUGGGUCGGUUGUCUGGUGGUUCUGAUUGUGAAUGGGUCGGUUGCUUAGUGGUUCUGAUUGUGGAUGGGUCGGUUGUGUGAUGGUUCUGAUUGUGAAUGUGUCGGUUGUCUGGUGGUUCUGAUUGUGAAUGGGUCGAUUGUCUAGUGGUUCUGAUUGUGGAUGGGUCGGUUGUCUGGUGGUUCUGAUUGUGGAUGGGUCGGUUGUGUGGUGGUUGUGAUUUUGAAUGGGUCAGUUGUGUGAUGGUUUUGAUUGUGAAUGGGUCGGUUGUGUGAUGGUUCUGAUUGUGAAUGGGUCAGUUGUGUGAUGGUUCUGAUUGUGAAUGGGUCGGUUGUGUGGUGGUUGUGACUGUGAAUGGGUCAGUUGUGUGAUGGUUCUGAUUGUGAAUGGGUCGGUUGUGUGGUGGUUGUGAUUGUGAAUGGGUCGGUUGUGUGAUGGUUUUGAUUGUGAAUGGGUCGGUUAUGUGAUGGUUGUGAUUGUGAAUGGGUCGGUUGUGUGGUGGUUGUGAUUUUGAAUGGGUCGGUUGUGUGAUGGUUUUGAUUGUGAAUGGGUUGGUUGUGUGAUGGUUUCUGAUUGUGAAUGGGUCGGGUGUGUGAUGGUUCUGAUUGUGAAUGGGUCAGUUGUGUGAUGGUUCUGAUUGUGAAUGGGUCGGUUGUGUGAUGGUUGUGAUUGUGAAUGG